GGAAGCGCGGCGGCUUCAGGAGCAGCAGCAGCGGGCGGCUGUCUGACUGGGAAUUGGAACACUGUGCGAUGGGAGUAAAGGGCUUGCAGAGCUUUGUGGAGGGCUGCGUCCCUGGUGCGUGCGAGCCAGUUCGCCUUGCCGACCUCGCCGAGAGCUUCAAGAUAAAGCAUCCGGGAGAAACGCCUUGUCUGGUUGUGGAUGCUCCCUGCUGCAUACGGUUCUGGUACACUCCCCAGCGCUGGGUGCAGGGUGGCCAGUGGAAGGAGUACCUGGAGAGCCUGAAUAACUUCUUACGCCGUCUGGCGGACAUCGGACUGCACCUCGUAUUCUUCUUCGAUGGGUCAACGCAACAACCCAAGCGGCAGGAGUGGGCUCGCCGCAGACACCAGAAUAGCCGCGAAAUAUCAUGCAUAUUCAGGCACAUCCAGGAGACAGGGCAGCAGCCCCUCGACAACAUGUCUGUCAUCCCGUCCAGUCUUUGCAGCUUUACAAGGUCUGCCCUUCAGGCCCUGGGAGCUGAGGUUAUCCGCACGACACGGGAGGCUGAUUACGAAGUGGCCGAGUUUGCACGAAGUAAAAACUGCAUAGGGAUCUUAGGCCAAGACACAGACUAUCUGGUCUACGAUACGGUACCAUACCUGUCCAUCAACAGUCUAGACCUGGAGACUCUCACUACCGUAAUGUACGUGCGAGGGCGGUUAUGUGAGCACCUCCGCAUUCGCAUCUCUGACAUGCCGGUACUAGCCUGCCUCAUGGGUAAUGAUGUUGUAGAUCAAAAAAGAGGAGCCGGCUUUAGAAGACGCUGUGCAGCUCCGGGUGAGCCUCCUGUGGCGGCCGUGGCGCGAUACCUCCGCAAGGUUCCAGCGUCCCCGGCCUCUCUCGAGCAACUCGAGCGUGAGCUGUUUGGUGGCGAGGCUUGUGGGCAACUGCAAGCCGUUGUGGCAGACUACACCUUGGCAGGACUUAGUUCUCCUUGGCUACCUGCCAAUAUCCAGGCAAGUCUGGGACAUGGCACUGCCUCAUCUAUGGAUGGAGGCUGUAAGGCGUCACUCUGCACCGAUGUGGAGUUUCUGCAGUUGGCCCAACAGCAGGGUCACCAACUUUACAAGUUGCUGGUCUUGGGAGAGUUGGAUGUGAGCAACAGCCUGGAGGACCCAGCUGGGACAGGCCUUCCCCCCGCCGGACUCCUCUACCGGCCUGUACGCCAGCACAUCUAUGGCCUGCUACUGGGGAUCAAACCUGUGGAUGGAGAAGUUCGGCAAGUGAAGGAAUGGAUAGUGUAUCCAGGGAAUGACCUCAGGGAACCGGAGCUCAUCGCCCCUCUGCCUCUGGAUAUGCCAGGGGGAGCGCUGGAGGCACGCUCGCUGUGGCAGCCCGCGCAGCAGGAUGCGGCGCGUGUGGCGGAGUGGCGGCUGCAGACCUUCCUGGCAUGCUUCGGCCUAUCGGGACAUCAAUCGGCCAUGGUUGCCCUGGAGUCAGGGCACACUGCUCUCUGCUGCUUGCUGGGGUACAUGGUAACGCAGAUCGAUACGUUCUACCUGGAGGAUGUAAAAGCAUUGCUCGCCCAAGCCCUGUGCCUCAAAGAAAUGGAUGCCCAGAGCCUUGCUCGUUUACCGGAAGUCGUGGUGGAUGCCCGUGCCGUGCACCUGGGCGCCCUGGCAGUGCGUGGCCUGCACACGAUGCUCACCGUGAACUCUGCGAGCGGGAAGCCCCUGCCCAAGUCGUGCAUCAUGCCUUGGGAGCUGUUUGACGGCCACCUGUUCCAGCACAAGUACCAACAGGCACACCAAGGUGCUCCCUCCCUCGACCUGCUGGACGGACAGGGAGAUCUACACUCUGUGUUUGAAGAUUUGUUGAAGGUUAUAACAUCUAUCUCCUCGCUCAAAUCUGCAGACGGCCGGUUGAAGACUCGUGAGCACGUGAGCCAUGACCGACCGAGAGGAUUGAACACGAGACCUCGUGCCCAGGCUCAUCGGGGCUCGAGAGAACGUGGUGGUUUGAUGGGCAGUGGUCGACAGGAUUUGAGGAGUGGAGUGAGGGGAGGUGGCCACGGUCCUGUUGAGGUGGAGGCCACUCUCGACUCCGGCUUCAACAUCAUGGCAGAGUACUUCUGA